AUGAGUCAAAAGAAGGUGCUUCAAAAGCCAACUUUAGCUUACACAAGCAAUCCUGACUAUCGGAAACCACCAAAAACCGCAAACCCGUAUCUACAAUGCUUAGGAGCGCCUCAUAUAGAUUCGUUCAACUACAUGGUCGCUGAUGGCCUUAAAGCAGCUUUAGCUGACUUGAUACCGGCCAUAUUUGAGCUACCCACUGGUGAAAAGGUCAAAAUAACCAUUGAUGAAGCCGCAUUCGCAAAACCAAGUGUUCCUAUGGAAGCUGUAGGCGUUAAAAACCAAAAAGUACUGCCUACAGAAUGCAGGCAAAGAGCUGCGACGUACAAAGGCGAUUUUAAGGUUCGCAUCACUUUCACGGUUGAUGGAAAGAGCAUGACAGUUGAUAGAUCACUUGGUAAUCUUCCUAUAAUGAUUAAGUCUAAAGUAUGCCACCUGGCAGAUAUGUCUCCAGAGGAAUUGGUGGAGCAUAAUGAGCAUGCCGAUGAGUGGGGGGGAUACUUUGUCAUCAAGGGCCACGAGCGUCUAGCCCGCAUGUUGCUAGUGACACGCCGCAACUACCCCGUGGCAAUCAAGCGUUCGGGAUGGAAAAUGAGGGGCAACCUGUUCUCUGAUUACGGCAUCAUGGUACGAUGUGUCACAGCUGACCAAACUAGUACAAACAACGUCCUCCAUUUCUUGCAAAACGGCACUUGCAAGCUGAUGUUCUCGCACCGCAAAGUCAUGUACUACGCACCACUAGUGUUAAUCAUGAAGUGCCUGGUUGACUGGCCGGACCACUACAUCUAUCGACUGCUGCUGCAUGGCAAGAAAAACGACUUGUAUUAUGUCAAUUGUGUCCAAAACAUGCUUCGUGAGCUCCACGAAGAAAGCCUACACACGCAUGAAGAAUGUCGUUCGUACCUCGGACGAAUGUUCCGACCGAAGCUUCUAGAACUACCUCCGUGGUCCACCGACCAAGAGGCCGCGGACUUUUUGCUCAAACGAUGCAUCAUGAUCCAUCUGCCGGAGUAUAAAGACAAGUUUCAUGCUUUGGUCUUUAUGGCGCAGAAGUUGUAUGAUGUUGUGCAGAAUAAAUGUAAGGUAGAAGGCGCCGACGCAGUAAUGGUACAAGAACUGCUGGUAGGUGGACAUCUCUACCUCCAGGUGUUGAAGGAACGACUACAGAUGUUGCUGUAUAUUGUGAAGGCGAACAUUAUGAAAAGGGCGCGAGCGGGCAAACGACUUGUUAUGUCUACGAAAGAGCUCCAACAAAUACUGCGCAUGGCAGGCAGUCUGGAACAGAAGAUGGAGACAUUCCUAGCUACAGGCAACGUCCCCUCCAACAAUGUAAACCUCGCUCAGUACAAGGGGCUCACAAUUGUCGCAGAGAACAUCAAUAGGAUGCGGUAUAUGUCGCAUUUUAAGGCAAUUCAUCGCGGAUCGUUCUUCAUGGAAAUGCGUACUACGGAAGCCCGUCAAUUACUUCCCGAUGCUUGGGGCUUCGUCUGCCCUGUGCACACACCCGACGGAGCGCCUUGCGGGCUGCUCAAUCAUCUUACCAGUUCUGCUCAGGUCACCGAACCACCUGACGCGAAGCAUCUGGAAAAUUUACCAUCUGUGCUUGAACGAUGUGGAAUGGAACCAAUAAGUUCCGUCACCCACACCCCCCUCUCGCAGGACGAAUACAACUACCCAGUGUUUAUAGACGGACGACUUGUUGGGUAUCUAGCUGCGGACACUGUCGAUAAGUCUGCGGCUUACCUUAGGACGCUCAAGAUCAAAGGAGAGGAAGUGCCUAUUACAACAGAAAUUGUCGUUAUCCCUAAGAAACAGAUAUGCGCUCAAUACGCAGGCGUAUUCCUAUUCACGACAGAGGCGCGCAUGAUGCGACCAGUGAUCAAUCUAUCUACGGGACAACUAGAGUUAAUUGGGACAAUGGAGCAGCUCUAUCUAGAUAUAGCUGUUACCAAUACUGAGAUUUACAAAGGUAAAACAACCCAUCUGGAAUUAUCUAAAUCUGCGUUCAUGAGCAACCUUGCGCAAUUAAUUCCCAUGCCUGAUUGUAACCAGUCUCCUAGAAACAUGUACCAAUGUCAAAUGGGUAAACAAACGAUGGGCACGCCGAUCCAAACGUGGCGUACGAACGCCGAGACCAAGUUAUACCGGUUACAGACGCCAGCCACGCCGUUAUUCAGACCUACGCACUAUGAUAAUAUUGGUUUGGACGACUAUCCUAUGGGGACCAAUGCUAUUGUUGCUGUUAUUUCUUAUACGGGCUACGACAUGGAAGACGCGAUGAUAAUAAACAAAUCCUCUUACGAUCGCGGAUUUGCUGCCGGCUCGGUUUAUAAAGCGGAUUUCAUAGAACUGAAACACGCGUCUUCGUACUUUUGUAGAGACAAUUCGAAGGCAGAAUUAAGUCGGUACAUCGAUGACGAUGGAUUGCCCUCUGUAGGCGCUAGGAUACAACCAGAAGAUCCUUUUUAUUGCUACUACGAUGGCGAGAAGAGUCAGUUUGUUGUUAAUCGAUUCCACGGGAAAGAAGAGGUAUUUGUGGACAGCGUCAGGUUGUGUGGAGACUUUUCUACGAGAGUGCCGAAGAAGGCUUGCGUCAUGCUGAGAAUACAGCGUAACCCAACAGUAGGUGACAAGUUCGCAUCCCGCGCUGGUCAAAAGGGAAUUUGCUCCCAGAAGUGGGCAGCGGAGGACCUCCCGUUCACGGAAUCUGGUCUCAUCCCGGAUAUUCUGUUCAAUCCCCACGGCUUCCCCUCCCGUAUGACUAUCGCCAUGAUGAUCGAGUGCAUGGCCGGAAAGGCAGCCAGCUUACAUGGACAUGUCCACGAUGCAACUCCUUUCCGUUUCAACGAGAAGGAUACAGCUAUCAACUAUUUCGGCCGAUUACUCGAAGCGGGAGGGUACAAUUACUACGGCACAGAGCGAAUGUACAGUGGAGUAGACGGAAGGGAAAUGACGGCGGAUAUCUUCUUUGGUGUUAUUCAUUACCAGAGGCUGAGGCAUAUGGUCUCUGACAAGUGGCAGGUUCGAACAACCGGCGCAGUAGACGCGCUAACCCGCCAGCCCGUGAAGGGGCGACGCCGCGGCGGCGGUGUCCGUCUGGGAGAGAUGGAGCGCGAUGCGCUUAUCUCGCACGGAGCCGCCUUCCUGCUGCAGGAUAGGCUGUUCCAUUGCUCGGAUAAGAGCGAGGCAAUAAUCUGCACGAAAUGCGGUACGCUGCUCGGCCCGAUCACAGGCAAGACGGAAGGCAUAACGGAGACGUGUCGGCUCUGCCGCGAAGGCGACCUCGUCUGCAUCGCCAUCCCGUACAUAUUUAAGUUCUUUGUGACGCAGCUCGCUGCAGUCAACAUAAAUGUUAAGAUCAAUUGUUCGCAGAAGGAGAUCUCUUGUUAAAGUUUAUGUUGUAAUUACUAAGAAUAAAUUGUAGGUAUAUAUAGGUAUAUGUAUUUCCUUGAUGCAUUAUAAAUUGUGGUUGUGAUUCUGAUGUUGUCUUAAAUGUACUCUAAGAGCAACGCACCCGUCCGACCGACCUCUGAGCAUCGCGGGGCAUUUCUCUCUGCGUCUUAAGAGCAUUGAAAUUUAUGCCUUAUUUCAACGGUAAUAGCUGAAAAUAUUACAUCACUGCCUUGCGGUCAGCCUAUUUGCGCUGGCCCUAAGGCUUGUAGCAGCUGUACCAUAUCAUACUCGAC